AAAAAUCGGCACGAAUGUUCGGAUUGAGGGUGGUGUAAAUUUUAAUAAUAAAUGCUGUUUUUUAUGAGUUUUCUAAAGCGGACUGUAUCGUGUCGUUCGCCGCAUGCAUUAAAACCGACAUUGCCAUUUAUUAACGUAAAUACGUGCGGUUUUUACAGAUGUCAUGCAGUCUAAUGAAAGGAUGGACUUAUAUACAGAACGAAGACCCUCCAAUAAUCACUUCGCCACAACUUUCACUUGUUAUACAAAAAAAUCGGCAUUACAUAUUUUAACUAAACAAUUACAAGAAACACGAGUGAAAUAUUUAUAUUCUAAAAUUGUCUUUAAGUACUAAGUACACACACUUGUUAAUUCUUCACGAACAUCUUUUUAAAAUUUUAAAUAUUUUCAUUGUAAAUUUUAUCGAAUGUUUUGUAUAAUAAAAUACAUACAUAGCGUGCAUAUAAAUAAGAAACGUUACAUACACGCCUCAAUGGAUCGACACCUUUUGAAUGAAGUUGUAAUAGUAAGAAAAGUAAGAUGCAGUGUUGUCAGGAUGUUCUAAGGUCGUUAACCAAUUCCUUUUGAUAUGUAUAUGGAUAUGCGUUGCUUGUGCUAUUCACUAAGAGAUUGUAAAGAUAUUCAUUCAUUUGUAAAACUGAUACCGGAUUGUCAGUGUGAAAAAUGUGUUUAGUUUUUGUAUUUUAAAACAUGAAAUUGUUAUUGUUAUCUACUGUUUUUUUAUGGUUGUGAGUUGUGAUAGAAGAUAGAUAUAUCCAUCCAUUUUCCAAAGCACUUUUUAAGAUUUAUAGGUGUUUCAGCAUCAUAUUCGAACACUCGUUUGUUAAGUUUUAUAAAAAUUGUGUUAUUCAUGUCCGUACGUUACUCAACUUUGCCGUUGUUCGUCCGUUAUCGAGUAGAUAUUGUUAAUAUCGGUUGUGCCGGUUUUGAAAUGGAAGUGACUUAGUUCUGUAUCUGGUGAAAGGAUGAGUGAGGAAACCAAGAACAAGAGGCACAGCGGUGGUUUUGAUCCGUUGACCAGAUUAGGAGAACUAACAAGACUCUCCCAAUCAACACCGAGCUCUCCCAGACUUCUACCCCGUCGGGCCAGAGAUGGUGCUUCUACAUCAGGUGCUGGUACUAGUUUAUCUACCUCAGUCCCACGUCCAGACUCUUUGGAGUCCUUUAGAGCUGGUACCAGCACCAUCGCAGCUACUGGGGGCGAUAUUAACUGGAAGGAACGCUGCCUGGAACUCCAGUUGGAGCUGCACAGGAGCAGGACUCAGGCUACUAGAACGAGGGACAUGCUCAGAGAAAAGCUAUCCGAACUGGAACAGCGAGUACUGGAGGCUGAAGGCAGGGCGGAAGAAGCGGAGGACAAGGUGCGAAUAAUGGAACAGAAGUUGGCAUGGUCGGCUCAAAGUGAUACCAGCAACGCUCAGAUCCAUCGACUGGAAGGAGAAGUUGAGGAGCAAAGACAGCUUCGCCUCCACGACGCACGACAGGUGGAGGCUAAAGCUGCUCGAAUCAAAGAAUGGGUGACAAAUAAGCUGCGCGAACUGGAGCAGCAAAAUCAGCACCUUCGCGAACAGAACAUCAAGUGUAACCAACAGCUUGAACUUCUGCGCAAUCACGUCGCUCUGGCGGAUAGGCGGAGGUCGGAGAGUAAUUCUCCUGAACCUAGACAACUACCAUUAUCAGCAACUUCGUCCUACAGCAGCUCCCGUCAUCGAAGGCAUCAAUCUGUUUGCCUUUCAACGAAUACCAACUUUGAACCAGUCAUUCCUAGUACUCUAGUUACAAGCGUCAAUUUUGGAACCAGCAAUUCUAGCAUGGACCCACUCACUGACGACCUCCGAACCGCCGUGGACAACCUGAGCAUCGGGCGCAUCCCGAGUAGUAGCGCUAGCGACCCUGACCUCGCCCACGACUACGCCGAAAUCUACACCCCCAGCAGGGAAAAGGUUACGUGGCCCAGAGCGCCCACGCCUCCCCUGCAUAGGUUCCCCAGCUGGGAGGACCGGAUAUACCAGGUGGCCGUGGACGGGCUGACCUUGACGGGGACCACGCCCAGCGACAUAGGGCCCGAACAGGCCGGGUACCAGGAUAUUCCCGUGCCCGUGUACGCCACUGUGAAGGGUAGGGCGAGUCAGAUCAGGUCGAUGCCGUUCACUGGGGAUUCUAGUGAUGAUUCAAGUGAUGGUGAAGGAAAUAACACGCAGGCUGUGGAUGGUAAUAAUACUCACAGCAGAAGUUCUGGAGAGACAUCAGGGUCCAGUCCUGGAAAAAGAACAGGUUCCAGUAGUAGCGGAUCACCAAGUAAAAGUAAAACCAGAGCCGUUUCAGAUAUAUCUUUCGAAUCUGGCCUAUCCGAUGACUACGCUGUUCCUCCUGAUGCUCUCAGUUGCGAUACAACAAGUCUGGAAUCAUCUAUGAUGCUGAGAGCUUCAUAUUUGGACAGUCCUAAAAGGAUAGAAAGUUUAGAAAAAUGUGGAUCGUUAGCUAAACUAGGAGGUAAACUGAAGACAUGGCGGAAAAAAUGGUUUGUCCUGAAGAACGGCGUUUUGACUUACUACAAGUCUCAAAGCGAUAUAAACAGAAAACCUCAAGGCCAAAUAGCUUUAGACGAAGUGUGUAAGAUUACGAGGGCCGACGGAUCAAACACCUUUGAAAUAGACACUGGCAAGAAGACCUAUUAUCUUACGGCGGAUACUAUUACAGCCAUGGAAGACUGGGUAAGAAUUUUGCAAAAUGUUCAACGAAGAAACGCAACAAAAAUACUCUUAAGCAAAGAAGAAAACAAACCCUCUGUUCAAGGCUGGUUGACAAAAGUUAAAAAUGGACACGCAAAAAAAUGCUGGUGUGUCCUCAUAGGAAAAAUGUUUUUAUACUUCAAACUGCCAUCAGAUACCACGCCACAUGGUCAAAUUAACAUGAGGGAAGCCAGAGUUGAGGAGGUGGAGCAUUUGUCAGACUCAGAUUCUGAGGAAAGAGAUUCUGAACAACCUGAUCUGACUAUUGGGAUAUUUCCGAAUAAUUGCGGACCAACUUAUUUGCUAUGUCCAGGAAAACAAGAAAAAGAUGCUUGGUUGUACCAUUUAACGGUAGCAAGUGGUGGUGGUCCCAGUACGGGUACCCAAUAUGAACAACUGAUUCACAAAUUGAUGGAGGUUGACGGUGAUCCAAACUGCGUGCUUUGGAGACAUCCUGUACUACUACACGUGCCUUGUACAAAAGAUGGUGCUGUACCGUCUUAUUUUCCACUAACCAGCCUUCCAAACGACUCAUUGCAGGCUGAAGCUAUCAAGCUAUUCAAAAGCUUACAGCUAUUCCUCUCCGCUGCUGUAGACCAAGCAGGGAUCGAUUACCACGUGGUCUUGGCUCAGAACGCACUUCAGCAAUGUUUAGACAUGCCGGAACUUCAAGCAGAAAUCAUAUGUGCCCUCAUCAAGCAAACAAGCAAAAGCGUUCCUCUGCCUAAGCUAGGAGUCCAGGUAUCCACACAAAAAUUGCUUAAAAAGAGCCAAUUGCUACUAUGCGCGACGCAGAGCUUGUUCUCGUGCGAAACGAACACGCCAAGCAUUAACAGUACAGCUUCUGACGAUCAAAUCGCCUUGUCCAAUCUACAGGCCUCCCAGGAGGAGAAGUACAGGGAGCACAAAGAGUGCUACAAGGAGCACAAGGAUCCCAAAGGUCCUCCGAGCUACACUUUGAUCCAGGGCUGGCAGCUGCUGGCACUGGCCGUUAGUUUGUUCGUUCCGAAAUCGUCGAGACUGUUGUGGUUUUUGAAGUUUCAUUUGCAGAGGAAUGCCGAUAACAGGACGGAGUGCGGGAAGUAUGCUGCGUAUUGCGAGAGGGCGUUGGAAAGGACUAUUGUGUCAGGUGCACGCGAACUGAAACCGAGCCGUAUGGAGGUCCUCAGCAUCCUCCUCAAGAACCCUCAACAUCACUCCUUACCCCACUCCAUGCCCGUCCACCUCCUCAACGGAACCUACCAUAUCACCAGUUUCGACGGCAGCACUACCAUCAAGGAGUUCCAAGAGACACUAGCCCACGAAAUCGGCUGCAGAAUGAAUAACGGCUUUGCCCUGUUCAGCGACGAUCCCAUAGAGAAAGACUUGGAACACACCCUUGACCCCAGUGCCAAACUAUGUGAUUUGAUCUCAAAAUGGGAGAUAGCCCUACGGGAAAAGGGACUGGGGAAGUUCGAGAACAGUAAGGUGAUAAGGUUGACGUAUAAGAACAGGCUGUGGUGGAAGAAUAGUGCGCGAUUGGAGACGGAUAAAGAAAGGCUGUUGCUUUGUUAUCAAGUUAAUAAGCAGGUGGUUGCUGGAAGAUUUCCACUAAGUAGGGAACUUGCUUUGGAGCUAGCUUCUUUGAUGGCACAGCUAGACACAGGAGACUGUUCACUAGGAGCUAGUAAAACUGGAACCAGCCACACUUUACCCACCCAAGGAAGUUCAAACUUGAAGCAAAGUCCAAAAUCCAUCGUCAACGGUACUUUCAGUCCUCCACCUGUAUUACAAAACUCAUCUACCCUCAGUGCUUUGAAUAACGUCCAUGGAAUACUGACAGCCCACUCAAAUCAAGCACUUAAUGCCAUAGAUAAGUUCUAUCCGUAUAGGUAUAGGGAUCAGCUGAGCCAGGAAGGAUUGGCUGAACUUCAGUCUAAACUUCUGGCAAAGUGGAGGGCUCUGAAAGGAAGGACACAGCUGGAUUGUGUCAGGAUUUAUCUGACUUGUACGAGAAAGUGGCCAUUUUUUGGAGCUACUCUGUUUCAAGCAAAAUUGCGUCAACCUGAAUCCCCAAUGAUGUGGCUGGCUGUCAACGAAGACUCAAUCACCCUCCUAGACCUAGCGACAAUGCAACAACGUCAACGAUACCCCUACACCAACGUUCUCACAUUCGGUGGCUGUCAGGAAGAUUUCAUGCUUGUGGUCACUCAAAACGAGCAACAGCAUUCGCAAAAACUCAUCUUUUCACUCAGCAAACCAAAAAUACUCGAACUAACACUCCUAAUAGCGGAUUACAUGAAUCUGUUGAUAAAUAAUCCAGGCACUCCACUGCUUGGUACAUUAAGUAGAGGUACUAUGGUGUCUGUGAACCAAUCUGUGGUGAAUCAGUCGAUAAUAAGUCAGGCUUUAGGCAACCAAUCACAACCGGAUAUUCUGAAAUCAACUCCUGAUCAUGGGGUGCAAAGAUCAGACUCGAAACGUCGUACUCACGUUGAUUCCGGGCUGGCGUGAUAUUCUGUGGAGUGUAUCAAAUGUAAAUGAUUGUGAAGACGAACUAGUCAUAAAAUAUAUGAUUAGAGUUACUAAGUAUGAGAGUGGGGGUAAAGAUUAAAGAUUAAGAAGAACGUGCUUGGAUUUUAUACUGCCACCUAUCUUUUAUCUAAGCAUAUAAAAUUAACAUUCGAAUUAUUAGAAAUUUCGCAUAAAUAGUCUGUCCAGCGAGAGAAUAUAGUGCGUCUCACGUAACUAUUCCUCGUUUCGACAUUUCUAAUUGUGUAUGGUAAUCGCAAAAGUUGCCACACACCUGUUGUCAUACUGUGACUCAAAUGAAAACUACCUUAUUAGCAGUUUAUACAAAUGUAAUCCACUAUUCCUAAAAAUAUUUCGAGGUUUCCAUUUGAAACAACUUUGUAUUUUAUAAGAUAUGCUGCCAGGUAAUUCUCAAAAUAUGUCUAAUCCAAACAUAUUUUCAUACCUCAUGAAAGUUGUAAAGACUUUUCAGCCAUCGGUCAACGUUACGUCAUCAUUAUAUGUCAAAUAUGAGUUUUAGGGUGUGUCUGAAAUCAGUCAUAUUGUUUAGAAAAUAUUAAGAAGUAGUUCCGUUUUUUCCGGCAUUCGUUAAUUUUUUCUUGAACUCUUCAUCAGUUAUGAUUCCUUUAGUUCUAAUCCUUUGCACUGUUGAAAUUCCUAUUUCUAAAGCCAAAGCCAACUCGCUAUAUUAUUUAAAAACAACAAUUUGUAUUUUACAUCGGAAUAUUACACCUUUGCAUUGUACUUACUUCAUAUACGGCGUCCACGGACAAGAAUGUUCUACCAGCGUCUCUUUCACGAGAAAAAUAAUUUAUAAGCUUAGCAAUGAGCUCUUGUUCAUUUUUAUUGAAUCUUUCAGGCAUUUUUGUAGUAAAAAAAUUGAAUUGUGUUGACAGCAACAAUCGAUUUUUAAUUUUGACAUUGAUCGAUGUCCGUCAAUAAAAUUAUAUCCCCAAAUCAAACGACAAUGACUAAAAAAAUAAUAUGCAGUAAUUUACGAAAUGCCGCAAUGACGUCACCAAUCUCUUUCAUCUGCAUGUCAAGUGAUUGAGAGAGUUCGACAAUAUAUGACGUGAAGCUGAAUGAUGGCUGAACAUUCUAUAAAACGAAUACUAUAAUAUAUAUUUUUUCAUUCAGUGGAUUUACCCUAAAAUUUGCAGUCCAAAAAUAACAUGUCAUAAUUUAUAUUCCAGUUGUUUCUGAAGUAUCACCAUUUUUAAUCUACUUAACUUUAACUUUUUUGCAUAUCCAGGGUAAAUCGAAAAACAAUGGUGUAUUUUCUGUCUUAUUUCAAAUAGAUUAUUUCCCUGUACUUGUGUAAUAUCUAAUUUAACUCAGUUUUGAACAAUUAUAUUCUAAUGUACCAAUGUACCAAGGUGGCCAACUAAGAAUGGACGCCGGCUGUAUCUCAGAAACUACUUAUCGU